UUGAAAACAGACCCGCGCGCUGCUCUAAUGGCGAGGAUGUGACGUUUAACUGUCACUGUAAACAAUAAAAACACUUCGUUUUGCUUUACGAUUAAAACACACGAUCAUGGAGUUAUCAUCGCUUAUUAAGAAAAUCGGACACUCCUUGUCUGAAAUCAGAGUUCGGGCUCUUAAAAAUAUCAGAAGCAAACUGGACCACGGUCUGAUCUCCGCUCCUGAUCUGGUCCAGGAAAGGAUGUUGUUUGUUUUCCUACUGGAAUGGUUUAAUUUCCCGGAGGUUCCAAUGCAAGAGGAGGCGCUGGAGUUGAUCUGUAUACUCUCAAAGCACCCAACUGGAGCACACAUGCUACGGGAUGUAGGGGCUGUCGAAUUCCUAACACAGCUUUCACCUAAUGUGGAUCCGCACCUCCGUACAACCGUAGACAGCAUCUUUGAUCAGCUUUUCCACAUUCCGGAGGUCCUGCCUAGUUGUCCGCCAACCACAACCUACCAGCCACACUCUGUUCCCAUUCUGCAGACAGAAAAUGACGCGUCGACUAGGGGAUAUUUCCAGUGCAGUAAACCAAGGCAGACAGAUGCUCCAGCCCCCAGAGUAUUAGUUAGUACUUCUGUAAGGUGCCUGAGGUUCUCAGUUUUUCCAUGGCUGUCUUUAAACACAACAGAUCGACACAUAUUGUCAUCAAAUGAAAGCUCCCUCAGAAGUGACAACCACAAUUUAGUACGGACCACCUGCGAGCUUCUUCGUGAUGUGAUCAUGCAAGACUUUCCUGCAGAAAUCUUCCUGCAAAGGCCGAGUACAGUACAAAGUCUUCUGUCACUUCUUAGUCUAAACACUGAUAGUGAUGUCAGUUACCUGACGUUUCAAGCGUUGACCUGUCUGGAGCAGCUUUGUAGAAACCUCAGGAGUCGUCUGCGUUUCUACAGGGAUCCGAGCUUCCGCUCCGCCAAGCAAGAUCCUGUUUCUCAAAACUCCUCCAUCUCCUACUCUCAGGAGGUGAGGGGAACACAGCGCUCCGGUGUCUCUACCCCAGAGGAAUGUUCUCCAAGACCCUCUGUAGUGGGCCGACCUGGUCAGCGGGUGCGCGGUGAUGGCCAGGAUGGGGAUGCUGCCUCUUCUAGCGGGAGCAGCAGUCAGGGAGGGCUUCCCCCCGGGCCAGCCCGGCAGUCUCCCCUCCCGCAGCCCCACCUUGAGCUUCCCCCAGAGAUGGAGGCGGAAGAUUCACUGGAGCUACAGCUUCAGCAGUGGAGCCUGGCUAGAUUCGGCGUGGCGGUUGUAGAGCACGCUCUCCCUCUCAUCAAGACAGAGAGCCUGAAGGUUUUCCAGCGGGCGAUGGAGUUGCUGGCGGCGGCACAGGGGCUUCUGGGAGAUAGCGUUGCCCCUGAGGUGUGGGACGAGCAGAGCCUGACUGCGACAGAGCUGAGGGAGAAAUUACAUACCUGUAUAGAGAUGUUGGGAGAUGUUAUGUGUUACCAUCAUAGCAUGACCUCCUCUGAACAGCUCGAAUCAUCUCUGAUCCACCACAGUAUGGUCUUCGUAGGCACUGCCAUAUUUACAGUCCGUCUCCUGCAAACCUUGUUACCUGUGGAGAAGGCUGGAGAGAACCUACCGGAAAGUACAGUGGCUGCCAUAUUUCUCAUAUGUCUUGAUACAUCUUUCAGUGUGGCAUACCCUAUUAUACACGAGUCAGCUGUGGCUUACCUAGAACAGGCUUGUAUUGAAAGAUACAACCUGUAUCGCAGAGUGUCUCGCAUUUCUCAUUGCAUGGAGGCUACAUGCACCUUUCUAAAGGACGCACAGGCUGAGGGUGAUAAGAAUUGGCAUGAACUUUUGGAUCUCGCUGAGCAAGCAACUGAUGCUUUUCCAUACCAUCAGCACUUACCGGUAGUCAAGGAAUGCGUCCAGAUUUGCUCCUACCUGUGGAAGUUUGAACACGCGAGCCCGCUGCUGCAGUCGGAAAGUCAGAAGAUAUUUCUGAAGCUUUUAUCUCAUCCUCUGUCCCCAGUGAAGGCGGAAACCUACUCUUGCACUCUGAGCAUUUUGAAGGAAUGUUUAGGAGUUCAGAACGUGGCCAAACCCGCCUCAUCCAUCUGCAGCGGCGUGCACUUCCUGUUUCACCCCCGCGUCCUAUAUGAAAUCAGCGUGUUUGGCCUUCAAGACCAAGCAGGAGAGGUGAGCUGCGCUGCCAAGGAUAUCCUGCUCUAUCUGCUGAAAGGACGAUUGAUGAUGACAGCCGCAAGCUGGAGCAGGUUUAAUGAGGCCCUUUACGUAGUCAUUCCCGUAUUACAGAGUUACGCAUGCACAGACGACGUCCUGGGAAACUGCGCGUUGCUGAUAAGCGAAGCAUCUGCCGAUAAGGGAGAUGAGGUGCGUUCUCUGACAGUCAGGCUACGGGCCGCCCUCCGGCUUCUGUUCACCAAGCAUCACGCUGUGAGGACUAUCGCAGUCAAGCACCUGCUGACGCACCUGACCAGCGUUGAAGGUGCUGCGACCUCCAGACCAGCUCUGGACGGUUCUGUGCUGUCCUCUAUACCAGAUCUCUUCAUUCUCAAUAAAUUUGUUGACAUCAAGUUGAAUAAUCGAGUCGAUAAGUCGAUUGUGAAGGUGGAGUCUGUAAAUAAGUUGUACAAUAUUCUCACGUCAGAGACUGUGGAUGUAGUUUUACGGAGAUCUGCAGCUGAACAGCUGGCUGUUGUUCUGCAAGAUCCAUCAAUGCAUGCUGUUCUGAAGACCUUGGGUUUAUCAGACAAGCUUGUAUCCUUCAUCUCGGAGAGCGUCAACAACAAUGCAGCGAGCUUGGAUUGCUUGUUGGAGCCUAGCAUGUGCAUGCUGAGAAAGCUGGUGUUUAAAGACCCAUCCCUGCGUCACAGUCUGGCUCAGCAGACAUCUCUUCUCAUCACAUUGCUCAGAGCUACUUUGUUAAUAAAGGAAAACAAAGGUGACGUGAGCGAAGCUGCUGCAUUGAUAUCCAUGCUGCUGUUUGAUGAAAUAGCACGAAUGGAUGUUUGGACUGAUAAAGCAGGCUCAGAUACAGCCUUGUCUCCCUUCUCACUGCCCGCCUCUGUAAUACGAAGGUAUAAUCUGCCGUUUAAAGCUCCUUCACACCAUGCGGUGAGUCCCUACUGUUCAGUUCUCCCUAUGUACUCAGACCUGCUGAGUCUGAAGCCGGCUUGGGAGGCACUGCAGAUCACCUGGAACAGAGCUUGGCAUUCUGGGAUUGAUGGGUUACUGGAGCAUCUAAGGGGCUUUAGAAGCGAUGUACAAGAGUUUCACGGUGAUCUGGUGCUGUCCGAAUCCCUGUCUGUGUUGUUACGGAUAAGCAGCAUCAGAUUCGGUUUGCAGGACUGCAUUGAGGCGGUCGAGGAGGCCAGUUCACACAGUGCCGUGACCGCCGCUAUGACCAGGAUGCACCUGUACCUUCUGGCUGACCGAUUGGCUCUCAAAUCCACCACCCAGAGCAACAAAAGCAUCCUGCAAACCCUCAACUGGCACGCAGCUGUGAGGAGAUUUCUCAUGGUACGCCCAGCCUGCCAUCAAGAUGAGAGAUUAUUGGUGGACAUUGUGUCUUUCCUCAACACCUUUUUCAAGCAGAAUCAGUCCGAAUCAGACCACCAGGAUCUCAAAUGGCUACUAGAACUGCUCCUAAACCAGGAGUCACACACUCUAUUGAACCUGUUGCUGAGUGGUGAACCGCAGACAAACACACAGAUCCAGGGGGAGGCAGAUGAGCUCCAGGCCCACCUCAGCCACCGGCUACAAAGAGAACUGACAGAGCUCUUCAACACUCUGCUUCUACGACUGACACACACUUCUGACAGGAUGUGUGAGGUUUUGUCUGGGCCGUUUGCCUCUGAGCUGUCUCUGCGCCUUCUGCAGUGCCUGCGUUUGUCUGACGCUCCACGCUUUUACGGCCUGCCUUCUCUGGAGCGCACACUCAGGACCAUGGCCAAUGUGACAGCCCUGCCCGGCUGGAGCGCACACACACCUGACAAGGAACCGCACACUCUCUGCUUUAAGUACCUCAGUGGACUCUUGGAGGUCGUCUCCUCAUUCUACAUAGAUUUGGGAGGAAACUCAAUGUCCUUCAUGGGCAAAGGAGUGACAAAGAAUGCAGUUAUCUGCCUUCUUCACCUGUCACAUGAGAUGAUGAAGGAAAGUAAAAAUGAGGACUGGAUAUCUUUGUGGUCUCUGGGGCGUGAACAAAGUUCUGAUGAACAAGGUGCGGCCCAGCUCGGCCUGGCCUGGUUAAUUCCUCUGUGGGUGGACCGUGACCCUGAGGUCCGCUGUGCCAGUCUGGCAGUGGGUGCGGCUCUGAGUUCACUGGAGAAAGGGUGUGUGGCGCUGUCAGCGAGUUGCCAGAAUAUCUCAGGAGGCCUCUGGGCGACUGUGCUCAACAUUCUGCUGGACAGACAGGAGUGCAGUAUGGUGCGGCGAGAGGCGGCAUUUAUUUUGCAAAACCUUCUUGUGAUGCCAAUGCCGGCUAAUGCAGAAGAGGCCAAAGACUGUGCCUGGCAGAGCCCCUGUGUGCACGAUGAGGAUUCAGGUCUGUGUCUGGUUGGGCUUCCUGCGCUGCAGGCACUGCUGUACCACUGCCAGUUUUUUGAGACCGUGGGCCAGAUGGUGAAGAACUGUUACACGGGCCGACAUGCCUUCACCCUCGGCCCUCCUCCCCUGCCUGUCAAUGUCACCCAUGAGACGGAUUUGAAUGAUUCUUUGAAGUACUGGAAAGCUCCUAUCAACCAGAGUCAGUCCUCGGGAUCCAUCUCCACUUUCAGCACUCUGAUUGCAUCAGGUAGCUCAAGCAGGUCACAUUCUCCAGCCCCAGCCUCCUGUGUCAUCCAAGAUACUUCAGCCAACAGACUCACUGCUCAGGGUCAAAGUGACAUGGACAGCUCGGACUCUGCCCUCACUCAAGACUCCCACCCAGGGGGGAGGUCUGAGCCUGUUGCUAUAGUAACCCCUCACUUGUUGCUAGCUGUGUGCGGUCUGCUUGACAACCUAGUGGCUGUGCUUCCUGAGUUUAGUCUAUCUGCUCUCAAACAAAACCAAAUAUUGGAAGGAAUGGCCAGUGUAGUGGACGCAGCAGCCAUAAGUCAGUGCAUGAAUGAAUUGAGGACACCUUUACUACCAGCUCAUUUUGAAGAAGCCAAAAACCAGGUGCUGAGCAGUGUGCAUUAUGUGCAGAGUUUUUGCCAUCUCCUGCAGUCAGCAACAAUACACAGUGAGAAUCUGCCGCUCCAGCGAGAGAUCUUCAAACCCCUGCUGAACAACCUCAUUUCCAUCCUAACGCUGUCUGUCACCGACUCGGAUGCCCAGGCCCAGAAUGCAAUGCUCCACACUUGGGCGGAUGUGUUGAUGCUCCUGGCUAGUCUGUUGCGCAGAAACCAAGCUGUGGUCGGCCCAUCUGUCAGCGUGGCACUGGGGAAACACUGGCAACGAUUUUCAGAUGCCCUCCGAGCGUGUUUGGAGCAACGGGGAGCCGAGUCUUCUCUGUACAAUUCGGCCCUGCAGUUUCUCUCCGUGCUGUUCACGGAGGAGGCUAAGAGGAGAUCAGGAGGCCACGUGGACAAUGGGGCCACAGGGGAGCCUGGGUCCUCUUUAUCUGAAGUCCUGUCAUCUGAGCCUGGAGAGCUGAUGUGUGAAAUGUUACUGGAGCAAUAUGAGAAGAUCCCAUAUCAGAAUCCACUGAAAAAGGUGACAGCCAAAGGUCUCAUGUCUCUGUUUGCAUGUAGCCCCAGUGCUCAGAGUUACGCCUGUAAAGCUGGUGUGAUUGACAGCUGUGUUGAACGCAUGAAGCACAUUUACACAGAGCUUCACCUGGAGUCUCAGAAAGCAGGCAAGAACUCUCACAGGAGGAAGCAGGUGGAGAACAGCAUGAGAGAACUUAAGAUGACUCUCGAGAUACUGCGAAAUUGCCUCUAUCGACAUAAUGAAUGCAAAGUUGUGGCCACGGAGUUGCGUCUGCCUGCUGUACUGUUGGCUUUGUGGCCCUGGGUUUUACUGGAUGAUCCCACCAUGACGGCAACCCUGGAACUUUUGUGUGUUUACACGGCGAACUACACGGCGGGGUGCAGUGCUUUAUGUAGCAGCAGCAGUGGUUGCUGUGGCCCAGCUCAGGCUGGUUUGUCUAAAACCGCGGCCACAAAUUCACUGAUGCAUGGCGUGAUGAGACUGGCCUCUCCAGUUGCCCCUGACAACAGCAGCAUCCACAGUUUGGCUUUCUCAUUGCUGGCCAACCUGGCCCUCUCAAAAGACUGCAAAGGGGUACUGCAGAAGAGUAACUUCCUGCAGCACUUCCUAUCCCUUCCCAUGCCCAAGUCAGGCAGUCGCAGUCAGACGGUGGAGCUUCUGUCCCUCUGGCUCAAGCUUCUUCUGAACAUGUCGUUCGGGGAGGAUGGACAACAGAUGAUCCUCAGGCUAAGAGGAGCUUUGGAGAUGCUGGUGGAACUGGCUCAGUCCAAACUCUUCAGCAGUAAACCCACCAUCCUGCUCAUUCUUCAUAACAUUUGCUUCUGCUCGGCUAACAAGCCCAAAGUCCUCGCCAAUGAUAAAGCUGUUGAGCUGCUGAUCUCUUGUUUGAGCAGUACAUCAUUAGAUAUUCGUACCAUUGGAGCUUCUGCAAUCUGGGCUCUGUUGCAUAACAAUCAGAAGGCAAAAUCCACUUUGAAGUGUCCUUCAAUCAGACUGAAAGUUGAAGAGGUGUACACGUCCGCCAGGAAAGAUGCAGAGAAGAGCAGCGACAAAACCUUGAACGUCUAUCUUCUCAAGUGUUUAAGAAAUCUCUCGCACGUCUUCAGCUCUUAAGUGCUUCACUAUUGGAAAUUAUGAAUUCAACCAAGAAUGUGAAUGUUUUCAAUGUUUAUUUAUAUAUUUUAUGCUUUCAAUAGCACAUUGUAGUUGUUGAUUUUCUAUGAGAUUAUUUUUUUUAAUCAGUCAAUAAAUAAUGGUUUUAAAAAUA